AUGGCUUUUCUGAGUAAAUUCGGAAACAUACUGAAGCAGACCACCAGCAAGCAACUCAAUGCUCAGGUUUCUUUGUCAAGCCCUUCGCUUCUUCAGGCGAUAAGAUGCAUGUCAUCUUCUAAGCUCUUUAUUGGAGGUAUGGCUUAUAGCAUGGAUGAGGAUAGCUUAAGAGAAGCUUUCAACAAAUAUGGUGAAGUCGUCGAUAGUAACGUCUAUGUUCUUACACAGCUAGGGUUAUUUCGGAUCGUGAAACUGGUAGGUCGAGGGGAUUUGGAUUUGUUACAUUCACCUCUGCAGAAGCGGCCUCUAGUGCUAUCCAGGCUUUGGAUGGCCAGUGCCAAUGCAGGUGCUGUUGGUGGCUAUAAUGGCAGUACUGGUUAUGGUAGUGGCAAUACUUACGGUAGCAGCAAUGGUGGAUUUGCUGGAGACAACCAGUUUGGAGGAAACCAAGUUGUUGGAAACAGCUCUCAGUUUGGUGGUGACAAUACUCAGUUUGGUGUUGGUGGCCAAUCUGGCGGUGAGGCUCAAUUUGGAGGAAGCAUAGAGAACAAUGAGUCGUCAAUGGAGAAUGGAUCAGUGGGUGGAGAUUUCGAAGAUGACACUGAUGUUGCCAAAAGAGCUUGA